UGGCGAGGCAGAAUAAUAGGGGCGGUAUUCCGGCUAGCUGCUUAUCGGGGAGCACCGAUCCCCAGCGCUCCGGUGCAGGCUCACAUGUGUGCUCGCACUGGAGUGGAAUAUACGGGCAGGCGCUAGGACCGCACAGCCUUGGGGCGCCCGCCCACUAAUCUGGCCCUGGUCAUUUACUCACUCACUGCAUCGGCCUCUACUAAAACAAAUGUCUGGGAAAAGAAACAGGGAAGCUGCCUGUGUGAGAGAUUUCGAAUAACUACAAGGGGUCUGUUUUUGUCCCUCCAAAAUCCCUCAUCGAGUUAAAUUGAUUCGUGCAUCGAAAAAAUCCGGACUGCUGGGUUAAUACACACAGGAGAAUCCGUGCCGAUCCACCGUUCCGACACGCAAACCAAGCUGCAAUUAAGACGCCGCCACAAUCCACCUCAAAGGGCAGUAACCGGCAAAAAGGCAGCCUAUAUAUAAUCAAGGAUUUCCCUGUGCGUAUCGCCCGGAGAGAAAUAAUCCGUCUGAAACAUUUUGGGCAAUGGUGAUUCAUUUUCUUCAGAUCUGCUUCCUCCUUCUUUUAAAAGAAUCACAUGGGCAGCAAGAGGUCUUCUCCUUUCCAGAAAAACUGAUGGCACUGAAGGGCUCAUGUGUGGAGAUCCCAUGUAUUCUCAGUUAUCCAGGACACCAUGUGAUGUGGUAUGUUUAUGAUGAAGACAAGCAUCAUGUGAUUGUUAGCAGCGACAACACCACAUCAAUUUUAUCUCAUUACAAACACCGGACAUUACUUGUCCAGCCUACACAACUCGACUGCACUCUGCGCAUAGACAAUGUGAAUGCAGAAGAUGGAAAACAUUAUUAUCCAGGAGUCGAUAAUGUUACGGCUUAUGAGAUCAACCGGAGGAUGGUUAAAAUAGAUGUCAAAGAUUCCAUUUGGCCUUCUCUUCAAAAACCAAACGAUAUUGCUGAAGGAACAAUUGCAGUCGCUACAUGCAAAGCAAUACAUACAUGUGCCUCUAGACCUCCAAAAUUCAAGUGGAACAAGGAAUUUGAUUUAAUCGAGAGGAAAACCACCACACAAAGUCCCAUGAAUCCAGAGCUGACAGAAACUUCAAUAAUAAACAUGAAUCCUAAAGAUUCGGACGACAGAACGGAAAUUAAGUGUACAGUUAAUUACCCCAAUGGACAAUCAAGCCUGGUAUCCAGUCCAAUCAGAGUCAAUUAUCCACCCAAAAACACAACGGUUUCUAUUCUCGGAGAUCCUGAUAUACAAGAGGGAGAUGAGGUUACGUUAUCAUGUAAUUGCAGGGCCAACCCAGAAAUACAGACCUACCUAUGGUUCAAGGGAAUGGAGUCAGCAGGUGAAGGGCAGAAUAUUACCCUGAAGAACGUGAAAUGGACAAUUGAACCCUAUUCCUGCACUGCACGGAAUAUUCAAGGAGAGGGAAAAUCCGCUGGUGUUGUCAUUCCAGUAAAAUAUGCUGCAAAGGGAGUGCAGAUUAUUAAAUAUGAAAACAUAGAUGGGAGUAUUGAACUACAGUGCAAAGUUUUCAGCAGCAAUCCAAAAAUUACGCACUUCACAUGGCUGAGGGAUAAUAUUCCUUUAAUAACCCAGAAAAACCCAACUCUGUUGCUGAAUAACUCAGAGAUAAACUCUGGGGAAUACAACUGUGUUGCCCACAAUCUGAUUGGAAAUGCUUCCUCUGAUACCAAGGUUUCUGUUGCAAUGAAAGCAGAGACUCCAAAUUACACAGACAGUGCCUCGGAGCAAACAUCAUCUAUGUAUGGACUCAUUGCUCUCCUCCCUAUUCUGCUGAUUUUGUUCUUUAUUUUGAGAAGACUUAAAAUCAAAUGGUGUCCAUUAAACCAAGGAAGCAACAAUGCGGAAUCACAGUUCUCUGAACCUAUAUACCUCGAUAUUAAAGAGAGAGACCGAUUUAAAGAAUCCUCUGACGUCAAGGAUUCUACAUCUGCCGACAAUCCCUACACUGCACUCACCAAGAGAGAGAGUCUCAUAUACGGUGACAUCAAGGGUUCUCAGUCUACUGACCAUGCCUACAGUGCACUUCAUUUACAAGACGAUGAGCCAUAUGAUGAAAUCAAGACUGGAAUCACUGCACAAAAUGACCCCGAAUGAUAGCAGCACCUGCCAAUCUUGGAAAUCUAUGAAAAACAAAACAAAAUAAUGAUCAUUUUAAAUAUUUUCAAUAAAUAUAUUAUGUAGAGACCUGGGGAUGCUCAGCUGUGACUGGAAGAACAGUAAUUGAUUUCUUGAAAUUUGAAUGGAAACUUUUUAUUUGUACAGACAAAGACAAUAGGUCCUUUGCAGUCAUAAGCAAUAUGUUUAGGAUAUUUAGAGGGUUAUUUACUAAACUCCGGUCACGCUUUUUGGGGCAAAACUCUAAUUUCUUGGGGUUUUUUUAAAUUUGAAUUUUUCGAGAUUUAUUAAAGCCAGAUUCAGCAAAAAGCCAAAAUCUAAAGAUCCACCAUCUCAGUCCCUAUCCUAUUUCGAAGUUUCUGCACUAGAAUUUACCCAAAAAUCGGACCUUUUCUGGGAAAAAUCACAAAAAAAAAUCAAGCAAUUCAGGGAAAAAAAUGUAAAAUGUGGGUUUUCAUUGAGUUUUAUUGAGUUUUUAUCCAACC